AUUCAUCAAACAAAUUCUGAAUAAACCCUUCUGGAGCUACUUGCGAGGAGAUCAGCUUCAGAUAAACUACACCUGCUGUGGCAAGGCAAGGAGAGGCGUGCUGAGUGGACGUACAGGGAGAUAAAAGGAGGAUGAGUUAGGGGCCUUGCGAGUGCAGGGGUGAGGUAUGAGGUGGAAAACCAGCUGAGAAACCAGAAACCAGCUACUUUCAAUGUAAACACACAGCACCAUGCCAACCCCACUGCCAACCUGGCACAAGAGGACCGGGACCACAGCAGGACACACGUUCCUGCUCUCGCUCGUCUUUGUUAUCUUCAACCACCAGGUAUCAGGCUCAGAGCUUGAAACUCUGAUAGCUAAACGGACCGAAUACUGGGAGAAAUGCAACAGAACUCUCAGCGCACUCUUAGAAACUGGAAUCUACUGUAAAGGAACGUUUGACACAUUUGUGUGUUGGCCCCAUUCAUCUCCUGGGAAUGUGUCGGUCCCCUGUCCUUCUUAUUUACCAUGGAUCAAAGAGGACGUCUCCAGGAGGGUGCACCGAGAAUGCUUAGAAAAUGGGAGAUGGCGACAGAGGGAGAAUUCCUCUGAACCCUGGAGGGAUGACUCAGAAUGUAAGGAGGAUGAUUACUUCAAAGACAAGGAGGACGAACUGCAUCGCCAGACAGCCCUCAGGCUCAUCUCUGUCAUUGGCUAUUCCCUGUCCCUCUCCUCUCUCACCCUGGCCACUCUCCUGAUGGGCAUGUUGAGGAAGCUCCACUGUACCAGGAACUACAUCCACAUGAAUCUGUUUGUGUCGUUCAUUCUGAGAGCCAUGGCUGUCAUUUCUAAGGAAAUCAUAUUAUACAUCAUGUAUUCCAACCUGCCCAAAGACGACCCUGGAUGGAACUCCUACUCAAGCUCUGUGAUAGCGUUGAUGUGCAAAAUCUCCAAAGUGUGCAUGGAAUAUUUUGUGGCCUGCAACUACUUCUGGUUGUUGGUGGAGGCCAUUUUCCUCCAUACACUGCUCUUCACAGCUGUGCUGACCAAGAGACGUCUGCUGAAGAGAUACAUGCUGCUAGGCUGGGGAACGCCUGUCUUGUUUGUAACACCAUGGACAGUGGUAAAGAUUUUAUUUGAAAACACAGGAUGCUGGUCAAUUGUGAACAGAUGGUUCUGGUGGAUAAUAAGGGGCCCGAUUACCUUAUCAGUGCUGGUAAUUUUCUUCAUAUUCAUCAAAAUCCUGAUGCUGCUGCUGUCCAAACUGAAAGCAGAUCAGGUGAAAUUUACCGACUACAGAUACAGCUUGGCCAGAGCAACACUGGUCCUGAUUCCUCUGCUGGGAAUCCAUGAAGUGGUUUUCACUGUGCUGAUAGAUGAAUGUGUGGAGGGCAGCAGUCGUUACGCCAGGAACUUCAUCAACCUCACCCUCAGCUCGUUUCAGGGAUUCUUGGUUGCUGUGCUGUACUGUUUCGCAAACGGAGAGGUCCAAGCUGAAUUGAAGAAGCGCUGGCAGCUUUACCUGUUCACCAACCACUUCCAGGUCAGGAGCUGUUUCCGGGGUGUUCCCCUCAAGCACCUGUGGAAGUGCACUCGAGGGCACCGCCCACGGUGCUCUCGGCAGAGCGACUCCUACGACGAGGGCGGCACCUCCACAACGCACCCGCACCUGCUUCAGGUGGCUGUACAUGGAGUAGGUGGGGGGCUUGGACUAGGAGAGGUUAAAGGUCAGGGAUUGAAGGGGUUUGACACAACAGGGCUUGACUUUCUCACCAGGAAAAGCCUGUCUAGUAGUGAUGGAGAGAUAACACUCGGGGAGACCAUGGAGGAGAUUCUGGAAGAGAGCGAGUUCUGAUCCCCUUUAGCUUGUUGGUACGGUUAUCAGCUAACAUGGAUGAGUGCAUACUGACAAACACCUGGGAAAGAGUGAAAUAGUAAUCAAGAAACGCAUUCUUCCAAAUCUGUACUAUCAACUGCGUAGGUGCCUGAAGCCCAGACCCCCAGGUGCCCCAAAAGCCCCAGGUUGGUUUGGUGUCAGUUGGUUUGUGGUUAUUUGAUUAAUUGCAAAUUUGUUAGGGAACCUUAAGUUGGGUCUUGUGGCCCUGUGUUGACCUUAUUGUUUACAUUGCGCUCAAGGGGUGUUUAAGUACUGACACAGAGACAACAUAAAGGACUCCCAGAAAAUUGUUGCAAAACAAGCGUUAAAAGAGGUGACUGCUUGCAGGGCUAGUUGGUAAGCUAAGGGCUAACACAUUAGCAAGCUGUUUACUCCCACUUGGCAUUUGUUCUCGGGAUUAUACAUCAUUUAAUCAACAGUAACAUCCCAGUUUGCUAGCAUGCUAACUAUAAUUUAGCAAGCUUGUUAGCUGGGUUGCUACUGGGACAAUGUCACAUUAGCAACAUUGUCUUAAUACAAGAAAUGUAUUUGUAUCAUCAAUUCCUGUCUAAAACCUCUGGUAGAAGAGGGUUAGCAUAAAUGAAAGUGGAUGGUGCAACACAGCUAAUAAGCUAUGAUGUUAGCUUCCUCCAUUUUGGAGGAAUCACAGUGGUUCCAUUGGAAUUAAUUUAUUUUGACAUGAAGUUUCACUGUUACUGGUGUAACUGGUCUUGCACAUACUGAAGUUGCCAUGUGUAGUCUAAUGGUUGCACUGUACUGAAAGGUCCUACAAAGUGAUAGUACAACUUCCUUAAUGUGAUAUAUUUCCUGUUGAAUCAUGAUAGCAAAGGCAAAUACCAAUAGGUUAUUAGCUGUGGAGAGAGUUUGAUUUAAAAGGAUGGACAGAAAGGUGUAGGAAAAUGAGCUUGUUGAAAAAUGUGUGAUAACUUUAUUAUAACAGGACCUUUUAAACACUAGCUAACAGCAUGGGGUCACCACUGAAAAUGCACUGUUAUCCAGGAAGUACAAUUUUUCCAGGAGGGUUAAGUUCUCAUUUCAUGAGAUCUGUCAUGGGAACUUGGAGACAACAGGGUAGAUACACACUGCACAGAGGGUGGGAGGUUUUAAGUGUGAAAAGGGGGUCAACAGGGGCCCAACAACAAGUGUUUCUGAAACAUCCAAAUUUGGUCAGUGGGGCACUUUCCAUGAAACCACCAAAAUGUAUUUUUGUACAUAUGAACUGAAAUUGAUCAGUUAUAACGGACACCAGACUGAUUAUUGAGACAAAGGAAGGAAUAAAAUGUUUACUGUAGAUUUACCAAAGAAUCUUGAGCUAAAAUGGAAAGGUAUGGCCUCAUUCAAAGGCUCUGAACUGUUACCUUUGAUGAGUGCUUUACAGUUAACAGCAAGAACAUACCACGAACUACAUACAAUUGCAGGUAUAUAAUGUUCACUUUGCGUAUCUGUACGUGCAGUAAACCUCACAGUGAACCGCAUACUAUACAAAUGCAACAGCAGUGUUAAGCAUUUUCACAAUUUUUAUUUACCAUGUAAAAUAUAACAUCUUACUAUGUCAGGCCAGUUAUACAUAUCCAUAUGACACAACAUAUGGAUUGAAAUGUGCAUAUAAAUACAAUGUAUUUGUUGUCUGAAUGUGAAUAAUGCAAAGGCUCUAUGUGCAGCAGGUUUUACAGGCUUUUCAUGUUUUCUAUUCUUAUGAAGCUUCAAAUCUAUCAUAAGCAUUGU